GGGCCAGGGGAGGAGUUGGGGGCGUGGUGAUUGGGGGGCCACUAAGGCCUUGUGGAAGGACGCUUGGCUGGACACUGGCUGCCUGAGCUUUGGAGAUUGAGGCGCCUCCUCCCCCUGCUGGCCCCAACAUUCCACUAGUAAUGGCCUCGCUGCCUUCUCCUCCCGUGACCCCAAAGCCUGGGCUCCCUUAAACAGCCUGUGCGCUUGCCAUGGCCAGGGACUGCCUGUGGCUGCUGCUGCUGCUGCUGCUGCCCGCCGGGAGCCACGGGAUACCACCAUGUGGGGAGCCCGGCAGCCCCUUUCUGCCUCCGGAGGAGGGGGCGACGCAGCCCCCCCUGCCCAAGGUCAGUGCCUGCAUGGUGCGCUGUGCUACGCAGGUCCUGCCCAGUUUGGGAGCUGGAGUGGUCUCAGUCCUCUUUAACGAGGCUAGGGCAGAGGAAGAGCAGAAAUACUGUUGGCUGCAGAGACGGCGAGAUUGCCGGACCAGGGAGCGCCUCACCAGGGUCUUCGUGCUCCUGGACCUGAAGGAGCCCUCGGCUACUCCCUACGAGCUCCUUCCCGCCACGCCGGCCCCGUCCCUACCAACCAGACGCCUGCGGCCCCGAAAGAACGAGGGGGCCCUGCUCAAUCUGGCGGGCUGUGGGCUCCUCUACGACGUCACCAGGCCCUUCCGGAGUGCCAGGAGAGAGGCCCAGUCCAAGGAAGCUGAGUUCUGCGUGAAAGCCGUAUGCCCUGCCAGCCAGCCUUCCUGCCAGCCCCUGGAGGGGGCCCUGAGCUGCCCGCCCUUCCUAGCCACUCUCUGGGGCAGCCGCCCCAGCUCCAGGGAUUCCUUCUCCAUGCAGCCCAACCCACUGCUCCCGGGACAGGUCUGAUCGGGCCGCUGGUCAUGGACUCUGGUUCAGAGACUCCGGGCUGGCAGAACUGGGCUGAAGCUCCGCCUCUGGGUUUGGGGGCUAGUGACUGACCUCAAUAAAUAUGGCCACCUGGCUCCUCUG